CCAGCUCAGUCAAGCCUCGGUCGUCGUCGUGUUCGCAGUGUUUGGAACAGGUAUUUUCCGAGAUCGUUUGGUUAGUCGUUUAGAGCAGCAGCAGCAAGCAGCAAAUUGAUUUGCAAUCACCUUUCGAGCGAGCAUAGCCGAGGUUUUAUUCUGCGUACUGCCGCCGCCACCACCCAAGGUCUGCUACGAUUGUAAACCACCGCGCGCGGUUGAGACACGUUUUCGCGCUGCGACACAUUAAUCGCAUUAGUGGCUGUCAUCGGUGUGAUUUCCGCAGCCAGCUAGCCAGCAGCCGUAAUUUGUUUUGAUAGCAUCGGGUCAAAAGUUUUCGUGUUUUGUUUUCUCUGCUUCAAAGGGUUUGCCAAUCGCAAUUAGCGUCUGCGUGUUUUUUUUCUCGAAGAGAAGUGUAUUGUUUUGAUUCGGAACCCCGGUUAUCAGCUGUCGAAAGUGAGAGUUUUGCGGUGAACCAUUCGAUAGUGCGUUCCGUGCUACGAAGAAGUGAGAGAUUGCUAGAGAGAGAGAAAAAUAGCGUGAAGGAAGAAGUUACAUACAUUCACACGUGAAAAAGGUAGCAAAGUCGAAGCAGAAUGAGCAGCGGUGUCAACGAGAUACUCAGCUUUAAGCGCAACCCGGAUGAAGAUUUUUAUGCGUUGCUCAACUGCGAUGAGAAUUCGUCGGUCGAGCAGAUUCAGGCCGAGUACAAGGUCCUGGCAUUACAGCACCACCCGGAUAAGAACGCCGGCGACAAGGAUGCCGAAACCAUGUUCCAGAAAUUAAAGGAGGCCAAGGAGAUCCUGUGCGAUCCGGAGAAGCGUGCCAACUACGACAAGUGGCGCACCAGUGGUCUGCAGAUCAGCUACAAGAACUGGGUCGGCAUGAAGGAGCACGUCCAGCAGAGCAUGCACUGGGCCACUCCGAAAACCAAGGACCGCAUGCUGCCGGAAAUGGGUGGCACCGCGAGCGGUCUCAGCGCUGGCCAACCGAACCCGGCCCACCGGCGCGCCUCGGAGGGCGGUGCCGCCCUGCACUACGCCGGUCGGAAGGGCGAAUGGGGCUCGGAAAAUCCGAGCGAGGUGGUCAACAAGUUCCGCAACUACGAGAUCUAAGUGCGAUGGUGCGGGUUUUAGGUUGUUGUUUUGUUUUAAAUCGUUUUUUUUUGUUUUUUGAUAAUGGUUUUCUGAGGGACUGCGUGCGAAAACAUCCGAUGGUGCUUUCGGAUCCGUCCGAUAGAAAAUAUUUCUGCUCCUUUUUAUCGCGAUUCGCGGGUGACGGUUCCGAAGGUGGUUCGGGUUUUUUUUUCUGGAAUCGCCCUCAGAAACAGUUGGGAUUUUAAGAGUGAUUAUAUUUUACUACUUGCGAAGGUAGUUUCGCUACAUUCGAGAGAAAUAUUAGAUUUACGUGACCGAACAAGUCAAGUGUUUAAUUAAGAGAGUAAAAACAAACAAACAAAAAAAAUACACGUUGAAGCAAAGAGUAUAUAAAAAUCAAAUUUUUCACUGUAAAAUGAUUGCUGUUUGAUAAGAGCUAUUGUGUACUGUUAUUCGUAAUACAUUCAAACAUAAAUUAGUAUCAUUGUCAGAAUAGGUAUCUCUAUGUUGAUUGAACAAAACAAAUGCAUGUAAUGAAACACUAAAUGUUUUGAUAGAUAUUUAAGGAUGAACACUAUGAACUCAAAUAACUAUGAUGUAGUCGAUUUCCGUUGUGUAGCCGUUGAGAAGAAACCGAGCAGGAAGGAAACAAAACAGAACGUUUUAGAGUAAUAAUUUCCAUACAAAAAGAAGAAAAAAAACGGAAUGCGAAUGCGAAGAUCGCGCAUCUUCCCUUCUCUCUCGGUGUGCGUGUUGUCAUCUAAGAUUCUCAAACGGACGACGAGCUUCGCGAUCAUCUACACAACAGAGUGAACCGAUCGGUGUUACAAAUUUGUGGAAUUUUGUAUCCUUCAAAGCUAAAAACAGUUUAAAAGUUAAGUAAAGUAAUAGUACUAGUAAGAAAACAUAGAAUGUCUAUUUAGUGUGGAAUAUUUUCCCUGAACCCGUUUGAAAAGAACUGCUGUUGUUUUUUUUUUGAUAUUAUAGUCUAUUUUUCCUAUACACUAGAAUGUAAGAUACUUCCGAAGGAGGAGUGACUAGUGGAAUGAAUUUACCCAGUAGGUUUAGAAGAAAAACAGAAACUGAAAAAGAGUUUGUUAUUCCAGGCAAAGGCCAUCCCUGUUCUAACUCGAAUCCCACCUCUUCUGCCUUCUAUGUAGAAACAAUUAUCGUAUUCAAGAUUAUUUUCCAGACAAAUAAACCAAUCAAUUUAUACCUGGGAAAAUCUGCGAAGGAUCCGUUUUUACUCUAUUGAGCUAGCUAUUUUGAACUGAUCCUGUUUAGACAGCAUCGAUAUACUAAUUCACACACAAACAAACACACAAACACAACCACACACAUGAUUUCAUAUUUCAUCGAAGAGCCGGCAACAAAUUUGUUCAUACACAGCUAAAACAAACAACUGGAAGAUGGUAUGUUGGUAUCCCAGCCAGAGCAAGAAUCUAACCUUUUCCUCUGCUUUCAGAUGCUCCUCUCUAGGCAAUUUUCAUCCAGUGAUGAGACAUGAAAAUUGGUUUUCAUUGUUACGAAGUCCGAAGCCUUCCGUCUGAAUGUGGGUGGGUGUUCACAACAGGACUAAGGACCGACACUCGUAUAGCAAGCAAGCAGAAGACUACUUUGAUUGGAAAAUUCUGUCCCCGCAUGCUGUUUUGCUGUCAAUCAGAGCAGUCAAGUCAACUUCGGUUGAAUGUAUCGAAAAAAAAGAAAAAAAAAACAACGGAGAAUAUUUUCACAGCUGGUCACAACUGAAGUUUCCAUUUUUGCUACGGUAAAAGUAACCAUUCAACUGCACUGAUAAAAUGCACCGUCGGAGCGAAGGACUUUCCACCUGUCAGCCACAGAUGGAGUGAUUGAUGUAGCCUCAUUUACAUUCAGAAAAAUAGCUCCUACGAGUCAGUAACAGUGUAUGAGAGUAACAAACUUCUACGGAAUGCGGCGGCGUUGAUGACGAUGCAGGUGGCAAGCGACAUCCGAGAGAAAGAAAGAAAGAGACCUCAAGUGGGCACUACGGAACUGCGGAUCGAUAUUUUGUUUUGCGAUGAGCCAUCCCACCACUGAAGUGAAAAACCUCAAAACCACCCUUUUCCAAUUGCCAUUCUGUCGACACGACGCGGCGCAAGCCUGGGGAGGGUUUUCUUGCGAAGAUUACGCUUACGGUUGAAGUGGCCGGGAGGCUGCCUGUCUGUCAUCUGGUUCUUCUGGUAUGCCACCUAUUUUAAGAACGGCUUCUCUCUACCGACACGGCUUGAGAUCGAAGGUUAAUCCGCAGCACCGGGCUUCCGGUGUCGGUCUCGAUGGAUGAGUGAGUGGAUGGAGGGUGAUUGAUUUCACGUUGCCUUAGUGGAAAUGGAUUUAGUAAGGAGAUGCGAAAGGACGAUUAUUGCAUUUUGCUUGGAAGCGAAGCAUCAGCAGAACACGAUUUCGAAUCGGAACUCGCUGAGAAAUAAUGCUAUUUGCAUGAAAGUGCUUUUUUUUAAAUAUCUAAGUCACUACAGACUGUCACCAAUAAAGGCGGGGCUAGGCGAGUAAAAAUAUAGCAAACACAAAACCAACUGUUUUUGAUUGAUUUGUUAAAGCCGAUUUGCUUACUUCGAUAAACGAAAACUUUUUGGGAUCUACAUAUUAGUCCUUCAAAGGACCAGUUAAAUAAACUUCUUUGAUAAUGAAUAAAAUUGCACAAAUCGACAAAACUGGAUUCUUUGACGAUUUCUUCAGGGAACGAUUUGUUUGUUUCAAACCAGCAUCGGUUGGUUGAGCUUCUUUGAUGUUAAAAUAAUGUUAAAAUUUUCUCAAAUACGAAGAACCAGUUAACGGUGAUGUUUCUCUGCCGAUCCAGAGCUAAAGUCCAGAAUAGCGAUACAAAAUUUAGGUCCUGAUCCAGGUCUAGAAUUUUCAAAUGCAGCUUUAGAAUUUCAGUCCUGAAUUUAAGUCCCAGAAAAUCUCAAUCCAGGUUCAUGUUCAGAAUCAAGGUCCCGAGUUUAGACCUAGCUCCAGAACCUCAGUUCCAAAUCCAGAUUUAGGCUAAGUGUACAGGUGCAGUAUUCAGAAACAGGUCCAAAAUUCAGAUCCAGAAUCCACGUCUAGAACUAAGAUCCAGGUUCAUCUUCAGAAUCAAAAUCCCGGGUUUUGAUCGAGAAUCAGAAACCCAGUCCAUAAUUCAGGUACAGGAUGAGCGUUUAGAAUUUCAAUCUGAGAUCAAAAUCUGGAACCAGCUCCGGAAUAGGGAUCCAGAGCUAAUCGAAAAUAUGGAGGACCAGAUAACGGUGAUGUUUCUCUCCAGAGUUAAAGUCCAGAAUACCGAUACAAAGUUUAGGCCUUGAUCCAAAAUCCAUGUCUAGAAUUCUCAAGUUCAGCUUUAGAAUCUCGGUCCUGAAUUUAGGUCGAGAAUCUCGAUCUAGGUUCCGGUUCAGAAUCAAGGUCCCGAAUUCAGAGCCCCGAUACAGGAUUCAGAUACAGGUCCAAAAACCAGAUAUACAAUCCAGAGCCAAAAACUCUGGUCCAAGGUGAGAAUUUAUGUCCAGAAUAUCCGUACUGAAUUCAGGUCCUGAUCCAAAAUCCAGGUCUAGAAUUCUCAAGUUCAGCUGUAGCAUCUCAGUCCUAAAUUUAAGUCCCCGAAAAUCUCGAUUCAAGUUCAUGUUUAGAAUCAAAUUAUAGCAUUUUGCUUGGAAGCGAAGCAUCAGCAGAAAACGAUUUCGAAUCGGAACUCGCUGAGAAAUCAUGCUAUUUGCAUGAAAGUGCUCUGUUUAAAUAUCUGAAUCACUACAGACUGUCACUAAUAAAGGCGGGGCUAGCGCGAGUAAAAAUAUAGCAAAAACAAAACGAACUGUUUUUGAUUGAUUUGUUAAAACCGAUUUGCUUACUUCGAUAAAAGAAAACUUUUCGGGCUCUACAUAUUAAUCCUUUGUGGGAACCAGCUGAAAAAACCUAAUGAACAAUGUUGAUGACAAUGCUGGUCUCUGGCUUCAUUGAUGGUUUCUUCGGGAUCAGAUUGUUUGUUUCAAAUCUGGACCUGCUAAUUGAGCUUCGAUGUAGGAAAUGUUAACAUUUUCUCGAUUACGGAGGACCAGAUAACGGUGAUGUUUUUCUUUAAAGCUAAAUAGAAUCCUGAAUUUAGGUCGAUAAUGCCGAUCCAGGUUCUGGUUCAGAAUCAAGAUCCCGAGUUCAGACCUAGCUCCAGAUUCUCGGGUACACUAAGAAUCGGCUGCGGAGUCUGUUGAAACAGAAAGGCCAAAUUCCACAAAAGGAAUGUAAUGCCAAGACUUUGACUUUCCAGAGCCCCGGUUUAGAACUCAGAUAUAGACUAAGUGUACAAAUGAAGAAUUCAGAUACAAUUCCAACAUCCAGAUCUAGAAUCCAGGCCAAAAUGUCAGAUUCAAGGUUCUCACCUUGAAUUACUCAUUUACGUCCAGAAUACCGAUUCGGAAUUUUAUCUUCUGAUCCAAAAUCCAGGUCUAGAAUUCUCAAGUUCAGCUUUAGAAUCCUUGUCCCAGUUAAGAAUUCAUGGCAGAGGGCAUUAGCCCUACAAGCCAGUUGUCUGUUCAAGCCCCGACCUGGAAGGACUCCAAGUGUCAUCGUAGGAUCGUAGCACCAGAAGCCUCAGUGUUACGUUCCGUGUAUACAUUUCGCCACCCUAAGCCUUGUGAUAGACACAGCUCUUAAAAACGACUACGCAUGACAAAGCGUACAUCGAACAUGGUCUAGAUUUUAACCGUCUAACGACCGGUACCAUACAUCCUAACAUCAUCUCUGUCCAACAAACACUGGUCUUCUCGCUCUAUACCUAUCUUCCGCUCAAGCACUGAGUAUUUAUAAUCGCUUGUCACCUUUCCUUUCGCUUGCCCACCAUGCCUUAAGGACUGAGGCCAGUAGGUCGCGUAAAACCACGUGGCUCACUGUGCGUAUUACAAUUCUCUCCAUGCUCUCUCUCGCAAAUGUGCAAAAUGACUCUCGAUGUGGCCGGGUGGCCAAGAAAGUUUUGAUAUUUUCGGUUACAAGCUUGACUACAUCACAUCAAAUCCAAGAAAGCUGCCGCUUGCUUGGCAGCCCUUUUGAGCCCAUUUUAUUUCUCUCUCAUGUUUUGUUACGUUACUAAGCAACGAGAGCAAAAAAAAUGGUGCGUCUAUAGAAAUCGACUUAGCUUCACAAAAAUAACUUUCACUUAAUUUUCAUCGCGACAACGUAUAUGUUUUUAUGUACUAAUCGCAUCUAAAUGAAAUUAUCUAGACAUUGUCAGGAUAGAUUUUUGAUCCAUGCUUUUGAAGGCGAGAUAUUCAAUGAACAAGUUGAAAGUUGCCGUUUUCAGCUAUGCAAUUCUUCCUUCAGAAAAAGACUCCCGACCGCUAAAGUCAAACAAUCAUUCUGAAAUUUUCACAGUAUAAUCUAAACUAAUUUUCUAAGAGAUUGUCAGUUGGGGUUUUUGAUAUUCGUCACCGCUUCUGAGAAAAUCAGAUUUGAAGCGUGAAAAUAACCCUUUAAAUCAUCCUAAAACACACUGGCCUCAGCCCUUAAGACGAAGGUAGCAUCAUUCACAAAAAAAAAGAAAAAAGAAAGUGGCCCUAGCGUACUUCCUUGAGGAACACCUGUGAGCUGCUUAUAAGACUGGACUGUAGAGCCGAUGGAAAGAUAUUGUAUCCGAUGUUAUCGCAUUUCGUUGAUGGUAAGUCGAUUAAUAGGCAAAAUAACAUAGAGAGUCUAUAAAUGACAUGACUGUUAAUAAAAUAACCCUACAAUUUUACCGUCUACAAGAUAGGCUUGAAGCCAUUGACAAAAUCUGGUCGUGCAUCCUGUUUUACUUCAACUUGGUUAGCAAAAUUUCGUGAUUCAGCGAGUCGAAAGCAGUCUUAAGAUCAGUGUGGAUCGUGUGCUGGCAACUGAGUGAUUCGAAAAUCUUGGAUUCAACACCCAGCGACGUGAUUCCUCGGUAAUUAACGACGUCGAUACUUGUCACCUUUAUUUAAGCUCCUGGAAACAUUACAGAGCGUUUCCAAUCAGUUGGAAUUUGUUGCUGUUGGAGCGACAAAUUGAAGAUAUGCAUAAUUUUUUUUUCUCCAAAAUUGCAGAUGGUUUAGCGCUGUUACUUGCUGCAUACGACGAUUUGAUUUUCUGAAUGGCUGAAAUAACCAUUUGCUCAGUGACAUUGAAAAUUUUAUUAUCAAUAGCAUCAGUUUAUGCUUUUUCAAGCUCGAUGGCAGAUAGAGUUAGUCGAAAUAACUCUUGUCAUCCAGUGGCGUCCCGUGACAAAAUUUAUGGAAUUUGCACUGAUUAUGUGAUAUGAUAUCAGAUAUGACAGUUCGUAGUAAGUAACUAAAGAUUGAAGUAUGGAUAUUUACUUGUGUUUUUUUUCCAAUACUUUAGGAUGGGAUUGGCUUUUUUAUUGAACUUAUUUCGUAUCAUUUGAAACAAUAGAAGAAUACUCUGUACGUGGAGAAAAUCUGUCAACAACUCCGUCAGUGAAACCGCUUUGACGUUGCAACUGAGACAGCAAUUUGUUUUCAACUACCGUAAGCAUAAGCCACUGAAGCCUCUCUCCUGAAGGCGCACAUGCAAAUUCCCACAAAGGCAAACGUGACUGAGAUAGCAAAAAUUCUCAGAGCUGAACACUUCCUUCUCUUCUUGAAUCUAUGCAGUAACGUACGUGCAUGGAAAAUACACUAACACAGCGACAAGACAUAUUUGAAAGUUUCAGUUGGUUGUAUUUGAGAUGUGUGUAAAAUAUACGCCAUUUCGGUGAACAAGGCAAAGUGCUCGAGUUCAAAGCGCCACCUAUUGGCUACGGUAAUGCGAUCUGAACAGAUCGUUUGACUGUCAUUGACCAGCAAGGGCAAGGAGCUUAGGGAGAAUUUGGGCUUAUUGUACUAUGGACAAAAUCGUUCAUUAUUAUAACUGUACUUGGAUUCUGGUACUGCGAAUAUUGCAACUGUUUUUUGAGGGCAUAAAUUCAUUGAAUUUUUAUCCUUAAUCCUGAACUGAAUUCAGAAACUAUAAUCUGGACCUAAAUUCGGGAACUGGAGCUGGAAUAAUUUUGAACCACUGCAUCUUCGGAGUGGAAACAUCUAGCAAAAUAAUUGAAUGCGGAUGGGGAAACAGUAAAUUCUUCAAUUUGACCGGCACAAGGUGCACAUGAGGACGAGACGCCACUGAUAGCAUCCUAGAUGGAAGCCCCGUCAUUUUUUAUGACAUUGGUUCAGGAUAAGUGUAACCGUAUGCGGAUGAGGUUCAAAUGAGCCCAGCUUGAUUGAAGUCACCAAGAACUUUGGCGUUUGCCUGAGAAGAUAGCAUCGAUGCUAGGGAGUCAUGUCGCUUUUCGGGAGGAAGGUGCACUGCACAGAUGUAAUAGUUUUUCACUGGCGCGGAAAUCUUAGUCCAAACAGAAACAGCGAUGAAAAUUCCACUAUCACCAAUUAUGAUGAUCUCCAGUUCUAGAGGGCAAUUGUACGGUAAUGGAAUUGAAUACGGCUAAGUUGACUAGUUUUAGGUCAUUAUUGUUGGUUUUUGGGUGAGGUCUAAAUCCCCAAUGACACUUUUGACAUAGUGACGUGGGUAGCAAUCCUGUUCAAGCUCUAACUGCUCGACGGUGCUCCCAGGGUAGUAACUAUAUACGAGGUCUUUUCAAAAAGUACCCGGAAUUCUCAUUUUUCUAAAAAAAAUAUUUAUUUAUUCGUCUACACCUAUAUGGUCCCCUUCAAAGUAAUCCCCCCUAGAUAUAAUACACUUAUGCCAGCGUUUUUUCCAGUCUUCGAAACACCCCUGAUAGUCACUUUUUGCAAUGCUCUGUAGCAUUCUCAGCGAUUCUGCCUUUAUCUCUUCAAUCGAUGAAAAACGCUGUCCUUUCAUGGAUCUCUUCAACUUUGGGAACAGGAAAAAAUCACACGGAGCGAUAUCUGGUGAAUAAGGAGGUUGGGGCAUGAUUAAAGUCUUGUAAUGCGUUUGUUUUUUUGAUCAAAAUUCAGCAGUUUUGGAACGAAUUUUGCUGCCACUCGUUUCAUGCCCAAAACAUUUGAAAAAAUAUGAUGGCAUGAGCCAACUGAUAUGCCAACUUCAUCAGCAACUUCUCUAAUAGUGAUUCGGCGAUCAUCCAUAAUCAUUUUUUCCACUUUUCCCACAUUUUCAUCGAUUAUUGACGUGCUGGGUCGACCGGAGCGUUCGUCGUCUUCAACGUCUUCGCGGCCAUCUUGGAAACGCUUAUACCACUCGUAAACACUUGUUUUUUUCAUAGCAGACUCACCGUAGGCUCUCUGUAACAUUUCGCACACUUGGUUACACUUUAUUUCAUUGUUCACGCAAAAUUUAAUACAAAUUCUUUGACUCUUCAAUUCUUCCAUUGUUCAAACUAACAAAAAUCGCCGAGGUCAAAAAAACACGUCUACACCAGCCGCUACAAGACAGAAUGUAAACAAUGAAUACAGCUGAAAAUUUCACCAUACAUUAGGGACAUAUGUACCAACACAAUAAAAAAAAAAUUUGACCACCGGACUCUCCAGACGCGCGCAAUUAAAAAAUUCCGGGGACUUUUUGAACAGACCUCGUACGCUAAUGAUGCUCAUAUUGCAGAAUUGUCAUCCUUGUUGUAGAUAUCAUAGUCACUCCUAAAUAUCUUCAACAGCGAUGCAGUGACGAAAACAUGAACCCUCAUUUCAUCGAAGAACCAUCGAGCUUCCAAUCGUAUGCUGGAUUUAAACCGAGUGUUCUAGACCAAAUAUCUACCUUACACUAGGGCUUCGUUACCUAGUCUCGGGAAGAAGCUGCCGCCUUGGAAGUAGCUGAUGAAACACCGAAUUUUGUAUUAAGCAGUCCGCUACGGCUCAGACGCUGUUGUGCGCCGCUCCUAAUACAAAAAUGUUACUCGAUGUCGACCUCGGCUUUACAAAAUGACAAUUUUUGGUUUUCAAAACGAGUACUACUGGUUAAGCUGCAAAAUUGGUCGGGGUUCGGGUGUUCGAACCCGACCUGUAAACGAAUACGACUGGCUAGGUUCAGUAAACGGAAAUUACCAAAUUCAUAUAAACAUUUCCAUUUUUCAUCGGGCACGGAUCGGGUUUGAAAAAAAAACAAUCUUGGAUUCGGGUCGGGUGCCGGAAAAGAAUUUUUCUUCUCGAUCGGGUACGGUUUGGGUUUGAAAAAUUGCAUAUUCGACCAUCUCUAUCGUCCAAUCACGAACCACCCUAAUCAUAGCAAACUAUGAUCCGGUGAAAUUCGUUCGGAUAUAACCAAACCAUGAUUAAACAAGGAGGGCUGGCAUCCCUGAUGUGGGUGAUUCGAGUUCGAAGUCAACACUUCGAAACAUAAGGACAACUGGUACCUUUUUCCAAGAAGAAAUGUAUUUCCCUAUGAUUGUGGAACCCUGUUGUAAAUUUUAAUAGCCUCUCGACCAGCGUUGCCAGAGCAAAAGGUAAGAUGAUAAAUGGCAGUUUUUGUUGCAAAGCAAUGCUUUGCCCUUCAUAUUUACUUUAUUUACAAAUAAAACAAUACAUUGUCGGUGAUGCUGACAACACUUUUUUUUACUCUGCAGUAGCAUUAGUGUCAAAGUCGAAUACUUACUUACUAUAAUUUCAACCAAUUACGAGUUGAUUCAAAAAAAAUUUACGAGCUUUUAUCCAAUCCCAUGCUUCAAUUGCAAAAAAAACGUUCCAGCAAAUCUCAUCAAACGUACAAACUUUCCAGUUGUUUGGCCGGCUAUCAGUGCACUCACACAUUCACUAGAAUUAUUCCUACAGUAGCUAUCAAAUGCGAGCAAACCUAUGACAAAUAGAAGAAGAAAAAAAAACAAACAGAAAGCAAAGCAGUGGUAAUGAUUAGAAAAAAAGACAAACUAACGUCUCAGUAUUUUCAAUGAAUGGUGACCAUUUUUAUCUCUAGAACAAAAAAGAAACCUAAACCUAUAACAAUCAAGCAUUUUUAUGUACCUCUACAAAGCAACAAAAUACAAUGUUAUUGGCAAACAAAAAUUGAAAGCUCAAAACUAGUAAAAUCUGUUUUAAACUGUGGAAUCAAUUAUCAAUAAACAACACAUACUAAUGCGAUAUCAUUUGCAAACAGCAACAUGCAAAGAAAGAAAAAAAACAAGAAAUAUAGAAUUAAAUGUGAUAAAUGAUAUAACAGUAAAUUGUAUUAUGAUGAUGAUGAAACUCACUUGCACAGAAAUGUCACAUAAGGACAUAAGGAAGACGAACUAAUAUUCAACCAGACAAGCACCAACAAAUAAAGGGACAAACCAUCUUCCGUCGGUGUUGGA